AUGGAGUUUCUGGACCGCUUUGUCAAGGAGACGCAACGCAUGCACAGUCCGAGUUUCCAGACGGCGCGAAACGCCAGGAAGGAUGUGGUGCUGCCGGGCGGUUACCUGGUGCCGGCGCGUGCCGUGGUGAUUCCGUGUUUCCCGAGUCUGCACAAGAACCCGGCGCAGUGGGAGAACCCGGCUCGCUUCGAGCCGGAUCGGUGGGCGGACAAGGCGGUGGCGGGCAAGGCGAUGAGGAACGGCCUGUACACGCCUUUCGCCUCGGGGGGCAGAGGGUGCGUGGGAUUCAAUCUGGCCUUGAUGGAGAUCAAGAUGGUGCUCGCGGAGCUGGUCUACCACUACCGCUUCGAAGACGCUUCCACCGAGGCGGUGGUCUACGACCCGGAGUUUUUGGUGGUUCGUCCGUUGAAUUUCUACGCAACCCCGACCAAGCGAACCGAGUGGCCGUCAGCGUCAAAGGGGGGGACGAAGAAGAAGGAGGAGGAGGAGGUACACGGGGUGGAGGGGGGAUUGGAUGAUGCAUCCCGAUGA